CUAUUUCGAGCUUGGAUCACUGCGGCGAAAACAAAUAUUGAACAAGUUCCAGGGGCCAAGUAUGCUACCCUUGGUGGGCAAUGCUCAUCAGAUGGGAAGUACUCCCACAGGUAAAUGCAAUCUCAGUGCUUCUAUUGAAUCUGGAGAUCAAAGUCCCCAUUAUAAACUACCGCACCUUGGGUGUCUAUCACAUAGCAAUUGUGUAUAAUGAUAUCACAGGGACUUUGAUCUUAUUGUGGCAAAAUUAGUGUGAUUUUAAGAAACCUAAACGACAUAUAGUGCGCUGAGAUUAGCUACUGCUAUCACGUGCAAAAAGUUUUUAAUUAUACACUGGGAAAAGUAGCCAGCUUGUGCUUUAAUUAGCAUGACUGCUCCCAACUGAUGUUUAUAAGUUUCAAUGGUCGUUACAUCUCUACUGCUUAGAGAUUUUGAACAGAUUCUUUGGCUGGUGGCAUGAGUACGAGAAGGAUAACUUUCGUUACUGGAUAGGCUUCUACUCGAAUAUUAUGGUCACUAGCCCUAAGUACAUGGAGUUUUUACACAGUUUAUACUUAGCAGUCAGACCUUGAUAUCCAAGUCCGACGUUUAUGAUCUCACUCAUCCCUGGCUGGGUCUGGGACUUCUGACCAGUACUGGCAGCAAAUGGCACAAGCACCGCAAGAUGAUCACGCCGGCCUUCCACUUCAACAUCCUGCAGGACUUCCACGAUGUGAUGAACGAGAACUCCAGCAAGUUCAUAGAUAAGCUAAAAAAGGCGGCAGACGGGGACAACAUCUUCGACUUCCAGGAGGAAGCUCACUAUCUGACCUUAGAUGUUAUUUGCGACACAGCCAUGGGGGUGUCCAUCAAUGCCAUGGAGAACCGAAGUUCUUCAGUUGUUCAAGCCUUUAAAGAUAUUACCUACAUGAUCAAGAUGAGAGCAUUUAAUCCUUGGAAACGUAAUGAAUUUCUCUUUCGCUUUGCACCUGAGUAUCCAGCCUACAGGAGGACUCUUAAAACCCUCCAGGACUUUACCAAUGAGAUAAUAGCAAAGCGAAUUGAAGCUCGAAACGCGGGUGCUGAGUCAAUCAGCCAGGAAGAUGAGUUCUCCCGCAAGAAGAUGUCCUUUUUGGAUACUCUUCUCUCAUCCACUGUAGACGGUCGUCCUCUAACUUCCCAAGAGCUUUACGAAGAAGUAUCCACCUUUAUGUUCGAGGGCCAUGACACCACCACAUCUGGAGUUGGCUUUGCAGUCUACCUGCUCUCCAGACAUCAAGAUGAACAGAAAAAAUUAUUUGGCGAACAGUGCGAUGUGAUGGGGGACUUGGGAAUUGGUCGGGAUGCCACCUUUCAGGAAAUCUCCCAAAUGAAGUACUUGGAUUUGUUUAUAAAGGAGGCCCAGCGUCUUUAUCCGAGCGUACCUUUUAUUGGUCGCUACACGGAGAAAGAUUACAUAAUUGAUGGCGAUCUAGUGCCGAAGGGCACCACUUUGAACUUGGGCCUUCUUAUGUUGGGAUACAACGAUCGUGUGUUCAAGGAUCCUCAUAAAUUCCGACCAGAUCGGUUUGACCUGGAGAAACCUGGACCCUUUGAAUACGUACCUUUUAGUGCCGGUCCACGAAACUGCAUUGGACAGAAGUUCGCUCUGCUGGAGAUCAAGACUAUGGUGUCCAAGAUCAUUCGGAACUUCAAGGUGCUGCCUGCUCUGGAUGAGCUCGUCUCUAAGGACGGCUGUGUAAGUACGACCCUGGGCCUUCCUCCGGCGGAGAAGAAGAAGCGCGAUGCUCAGAUCCAUAAAUAUGAUCCGGUUUUAUCGGCUGCCAUGACCUUGAAGUCUGAGAAUGGCCUGCAUCUGCGCAUGACACCGAGGCUUUAAAUGUGAUAGUUUGAUAAAAGUAAAAAGGCCUACUUUUAGGCCUUCAACUUUUCUCAAUAGUAUAAAGUAGAUGUUUAGUUUACAUUUUACGAAACGUCGCUUCUUUAUUGUCCCUUAUUGGAAUAAAAUUAUCUUAAACUGC